AUGCACAUAUAAAGGUAAUGCACUACGAUGCACAUUGUAUUGCAUGAUAUAGAUUGGUUAACUGCAAUGGCUCAUAUCAAAGCAUUGAUUUUCUUCACUUUGGUCGCUUUUGUAGGUGUCAGUUUAGCACAAGUGCCUCAAAUUGGACCACAGAAACCGCAAUGGGGUCCGCGGCCAUACUCACAAAAUGAUGGAAAAAACGGCGAGGUGAUUGGAAAAGAAUCUAAAGUUCUACCAACUUGGACUGCAUGCGAUCCUCUGGGGCCAAAAAUGUCUUGCAAUGAUUGUAACACUCGCGUUAUAUGCAAACCUUCGGGUGGUAUUUUAAAGCCAUGCGGUCCGUGGAAACGCUAUUGUAAUAAUGGCAUGUGUUCUCCGAUACCAUCUCCUGAAUGUAGCGCUGCUUAAAUGUUUCUUUGAAAAUAAAAAUUUAUUU